CAACCUCAACGCACCUCCCGUCACCCAAGAAAUCCAGACCUGAUCCACCCCAAAUUCCACGGGCUGGGCAGCGAACGCGCGACUUGAAAUUGGCUCUGAAAAGGUGGAUUUGAGGAUUGAGGAGUGAUCAUGUCACACGCGCAGAAGUCUUCGAAGGGCGCUGGUGGGGGGAAGGCGGCUGCAAAGGGCAAGAAAGCUGCCGGUGGGGGAAAGAAGGUCGAGGAUGAAAGAGAAGAGUCCUUGCAGGCAGUGCUGCUCGCGGAUUCUUUUGAGACGAGAUUCAACCCUUUUACGCUGGAGGCACCGAGAUGUCUCCUCCCGUUAGCCAACACUCCCCUCAUCGAAUACACCCUCGAAUUCCUCGCCAUGUCCGGCGUGGCAGACGUAUACAUCUACUGUGGAGCGCACACCGCAGAAGUCGAACGCUACAUCCAAGCCUCAAAAUGGUAUCCCCUCACCUCUCCCGCAUCGCCUUUCAACAGCCUCGAAAUAAUCAAGACAACUGCCCGCUCAGUCGGAGAUGCGCUACGGGAUCUCGAUGCCCGCGACCUGAUCUCUGGAGACUUCCUUCUUGUUCACGGAGAUCUCGUCUCGAACCUUCCUAUUGAUGCUGCGCUUGCUGCGCACCGAGCGAGGAGAAUCGCAGACAAGAAUGCUAUAAUGACUAUGAUUUUAAGAUCUGGAGGGUUGGGUCCACACCGAACGAAAUCACAGGGUAUCACACCUGUUUUCGUGGUUGACCCCACCAAGAACCGAUGUUUGCAUUACGAGGAGAUGCAUCCAUUACAGGCGAACAAAUACGUCAAUAUUGACCCAGAGCUGAUAUCCACACAUCCUGAGAUGGAAAUCCGGACGGACCUGAUUGACUGCGGCAUUGACAUUUGCACUCCUGACGUGCUGGCUUUGUGGGCUGAAUCUUUCGAUUAUGAAGUACCCCGGCGGCAUUUCUUGCACGGCGUUCUAAAGGACUACGAGUUAAAUGGCAAGACGAUCCACACAGAGAUUGUGGAAGACCAUUAUGCGGCUCGCGUUGCUAAUCUUCAGUCGUACGAGGCCAUCAGUAAAGAUGUCCUAGGAAGAUGGACGUAUCCUCUUGUCCCAGACAGCAACCUCGUCGUCGGUCAAAGCUACAAGUUUGAGAGAGGGGGUCUAUUUAAAGAGAAUGGCGUGGCAUUGGCAAGGACAUGCAAGGCAGGAAAGAAUACUGUUUUGGGAAAGGAUACUAGUAUCGGGGAUGCUUCCGUGGUAACUAACAGUAUCAUCGGGAGGAGAUGCCAGAUCGGGAAGAACGUCACUAUCAAGAAUGCGUUUAUCUGGGACGAUGUAGUUGUUGCCGAUGGAUCAACGGUCGACAGAGCUAUCAUUGCCAGUGAGGCGGUAGUUGGCAGAAACUGUACGAUUCAAUCUGGAGCCUUGCUCUCAUUUGGUGUGCGAAUAGCAGAUAAUAAGGUGGUCAAGUCUGGUCUCCGAGUCACAAGAGCUAAGAGGAAACCGGAAGGGGCCGAAGGAGAGACCAAGGUAGUUCCCUCACAGACAGAAGUUGUGGGAGAAGGAGGCGAGGGCUACGAAUUCCAAGACGAUGAAGAAUCCGACGACGAAGCCUCUGUUUUCCACACCAACCUCGUCUACUCUACCGCCCAUCUCAACAUCUCCAGCGAGUCCAUCUCCACCUUCUCCUCAGAAAUCAGCGCUGCGUCGAUUGGAGAGCCCCGAUCCCGCACCACCAGCUUCACAGGCUCAAUCUCAGAGGACGGCGACCUAGAAUCGUCGAACGAAACAUUCCACCACGAUGCCGUCGCCGGGCUCUACGACGCGCUCAAAGAGGGCGGCGACAUCGACGCGGCGAAGCUCGAGUUCAUGGGUCUCCGGCUGUCCAACAACGCCUCGGACCACCAGAUCCGGCGCGCCAUCGCGACCGCCUUCACCAAGCGCAUCUCGCAGCUCGUCGAGAGCGAGAAGAUGGAGGCGUCGAAAGCCGCCGCCCAAGCGCUCGGCCUCGCGGGCGCGGAGAAGUUCCUGAAAGAAGUGGCCAUCGGCACGGAUGGGAGCGAGGACGACCAGGUGGAUUUCAUCAUCUGUCUGCAGAAGGAUCUCGCGCACCGGGCGAGCGGGGCCGUGAUCCUGGCCGCGAUGAGCCAGAGACUGUACCAGAUGGAGGUCCUGGAAGAAGAGGCGUACCUGAAGUGGUGGCAGGACGCGGAGGCGUUGGGCGAGCAGGAGGAUAAGGAGAUGAAGCGGGUCAGGGAGAAGACGAAGGUCUUUAUUGAUUGGCUUGAAGAAGCAGAGGCUGAGAGCAGUAGUGAUGAGGAUGAGGAUAGUGAUUAAGUAUCUUAAGUAUCUUUUUUGUUAAUUAGGUACAUUUGCCUUGUGCAGAGAUAUAUAUCGGCAAAGUGUAAAAGAAAACAAAAGCCUUUCACCGGAUUUCAGAAUCAAGGUAUUAAUCAUACCGUAGGUACAUACAG